AUGAAGCUGCUGCUGCUGAGCCUUGGGCUGGGCCUGGCCUGUGCCCUGCAGGACUCCAGUGAGGCACCUGUGCAGCCAGGCUUCCAGCCUGAGGAGGUGGAGGGGCCCUGGCACACCCUUGAGCUGGCUGCCACUAACCGGUCUGUGAUCAUGGAAGGAGGCUCCUACCGGUGUUUCAUGAUUGGCCUCAGAACCCUGAGGAACGGAAACCUGGAUGUCAUCUACUUCCAAAGGAACGAGGACGGGAAUUGCGUGAAGGAAUCUGUCACUGGGGAGAAAACUGACACCCCUGGCGUCUACACCUUCCAGUACAAAGGCAAGAACACCCUGACUUUCGUGGCUGCGGGCAGCGACUUUGUCAUCAUGGACUUCGAGAACAACAGCCUGAGCCUCGCGGUGGUUGAGCUGCUGGCUCGGCCUCCCCUUCUCUUGGUGAGCCCACCUGGGCAGGAGGCCUACAGCGAGCACCUGUCUAGAUGGGGCAUCGGGUCGGACAACGUGGAGGACCUGACUGUGCAGGCGCGAUGCCCCUCCCUGGGCUCCUAG